AUGCCUUGGCUGGAAGAUCAUCCUCCAUUGCCAACCAACUAUGACCUGGCUUAUAGAAACUUAAAUUCGACUGUCAAUCAGUCGAUUUAUAAAGAGUAUGAUCAAGUUUCUAAGGAAUGGGUGGAGGAGGGAAUAAUAGAAGAAGUAAAGGAUAAUUGGGAGGAAAAUGUACACUACCUACCUCAUCGUGCAGUUAUAAAACCGAAUAGCACCACCAAAAUUAGACCCGUAUUUGAUGCUUCAGCCAAGGCCAAAGGUUUUCCAAGUUUAAAUGAUUGCUUAGAGAAGGGUGAAAAUCUUAUUGAAUUGAUACCAAGCAUUUUGAUGCGGUUUAGGACUGAGAGAAUUGGCGUCGUUUCAGACAUACGUAAAGCCUUCUUACAAAUCGGACUUACUGAAACUGAUAGGAAUUACUUAAGAUUUUUAUGGCUUAGUGAUACAGGCUUGAAGAUUUACAGGCAUUGCAGGGUAGUAUUUGGAGUUACCUGUCGCCCAUUUUUGCUGUCCUCAACUAUCAAAUACCUUCUGAGGAAUGUUUUGAAAGAAAUAAGGGAACAAAAAUCUACUUAUCCUGAAUAUGUUAUACAAAAUGGAGAAAAUGAAAUAAUGAAAGGUUUUUAUGUGAAAUAA